AUGCUGGGUGUUCGUUCUGGUUUAAUUAAUGGACUACGGCCAGCAUUAAGACAUAAUUUUAUUCACCAAGCAGUAUUGGCCAACAGUUAUAGAUUUUACACAACAAAGAAGCCGAAGGCACCAAAACAAGUGAAAAAGGAAGACAUAGGUUUUGCAUUUGACAUUGAUGGGGUUCUUAUUAGAGGAAAGCACCCUAUCAAGGAGGCAACUGAGGCUUUAAGCUUUCUUUCAGCCAAUAAAAUACCGUUUGUUCUUUUGACAAAUGGAGGUGGAGUUUUGGAAGCUGAUCGUGUAGCAUACUUGAACAAGCUCUUGCAUCUCGAAAAGCAUCCAAUUAACCAGAAUCAGAUCAUUCAAUCGCAUACUCCACUAAGGACCCUUAUCACAAAGCAUCACCGUGUUUUGGUGGUAGGAGGUCCUGCUGACAAAUCGCGUGCUGUUGCCAAGCAUUACGGAUUUCAAGAGGUGCUAAGACCGGUUGAUAUUAUAAGAGCCAAUCCAAGUAUUUGUCCAUAUCAUCGAUACACUAAAAGGGAGAUUCAGGAGUGGAGUAUUCCGCCAAAUGAGGCUAAAGUCAGUGUGGAUGAUCCAUCUUGCAAUGAGCCGAUUGACUCCAUUAUGGUUUUCAACGACCCACGGGAAUUAUUCUCAGAUAUUCAAAUCAUCAUCGACUUGCUGAAUUCGGAAUUUGGCCAGCUUGGAACAAAGCGGAUAACGGGUAAAGCGAAGCCAUCCAUUCCGAUCAUCUUUUCGAAUGAUGACCUUUAUUGGGCAAAUGACUUUAAGUUACCGCGCCUUGGCCAGGGUGCCGUCAGAACUGCCAUUGAGGCUUUGUAUGCUAAAACAAAUGACGGCGUUAAGUUGCAAUCAACGGUACUUGGAAAGCCAUUUAGAGUUUCGUAUGAUUACGCACAUCAUAUUCUUAUAGACUGGAGACAUAAGCUCCAAACUGGUGAUGUGAACACUGACGCCUGCCUACCUGAGCUUAAUGAUCCGCCAAUCAAUUCUCCGUUCAAGAAUAUCUACAUGGUGGGUGAUAAUCCAAGAAGCGAUAUUAAGGGAGGUAAUGACUAUGGAUGGAAUACCAUAUUGGUGAGAACUGGUGUUUACAGAGAUGGAGAUUUUGUCGUUGACCCCUCACUUCCUAAGCCAAACUUCGGAAUAGCCGAUAAUGUCCAGGAAGCGGUUGAGCAGGCUUUGAAAGCCAAUGAUAUACUAUGA